AAAUGACACCCGAUGUUAUUCCGCGUGUCUCGCGAUACGGUCGACGCGUAUGAUAUGUAUGUGUUGCCUUGCGUGAAACAAGGAACCGGAUUAUGUGAACAUAAUAGCAAAGCGGGAGAGAACAGACAACUCGACACACUGGGGCAACUACACUCUCCUCCAUGUUCGACGAAGCAAUGCCUGACAAUGUGGGUGUGGGUGAUGAUAUCCAGUCUGAUGCAGCAUCUACCGGAAGUGGAGACGGAGGUUCCAGUGGGACACAGAAUGGAACGACAAGAGAAGCCAGCAACCACAGGGGAUGCUGUGGGGACAUCGAGAAGGCGUGUGAGAACUGCCUCUCAACCAUAUGCUGCGGUACAUGCAUUGGAUACGCUUUCUGCUGCUUGCCAAUGAAAAAGAAAACCCGUGUCAGAUGUAUCUGGGCGUGGCUUUGUGUGCUCAGUGUGACUGGAGGCAUCCUUAUGAGCGUCGGGAUAUAUGGCACAGGGCAUAGCUCACCUUCUCCAACAGACAUGCGUAUCGUUACCCACAAAAUAUCAUCAAUAUUUUGUAAGAAGCUACUGAUUAAUUCCACGUCGCAUCUAACAACAUAUUCGUUUAAUGAAGAACCACAGAUAGACAGUAACUCUUCUCAAACAUUUUCUACUGAACUGAAGACAACAUUUAGAAAUGAUUAUAUCUCCUGGACAUUUUAUCUCCUAAAAGGUUCCCGGGUUGAAUUGCGAUCCUGUUCGGAAGCUGAUAUUUGGAUAUACGUCAUAGCCGGUACCUCAAACUGGAAACUUUGGUCCCAGAAUCUGCUUUGUCCUGACUGUUACCUCCAAAAGCAUUUGCUAAAGAGGUCACGGUGUUCAAACAAUCGCAUCUCGGAUGUUUUCACAUUUAUGGUUAACAAAACAGAUGAUUAUUUUGUUCUGUACUGGAGAACGUCAUUUGCAGCUUUCUUACAUGUUAAACUAUCCUUAGACAGGACGUUAUACGAUUUAACAAAGGCCACGCGGAUAUGCACAAAUGGCUUAUUAGCAUGUGAAUAUGUUCUACAGUUUCCCCUGAAGCCAUAUAUUGUGUACCACAUGGGCGCGGUGACCUAUGGAAGAAACACAGGACUAGUUACCGUUUGUGAACCGAGAGUCUGGGUAUAUUUCGGAAUAUUCUUUAUUUUGCCGUUUAGUUUUGGAGCUGUUCUAAGUAUCGUCGUAGCUAAGUUCUGCAAAGAACCUCCAAGAGCAAGAUCCACCCGCAGACCGAGAGCAGGUGUUAUACCCCCUACAUGUGAUGACGAGAGAGACUAUUUGUUCAGCCCCAGCCAAGACGUAUGUCACUAUUCGGGGAUCCCUCAGCCCCCGAAGUAUGAGGAUAUAGAACGACUCCGGGACUCGCCGCCACCUAGUUAUGAAGCCACCAUGAGGCAGUCUGGACCUGUGUGAUGUAGUAUACCAGGGGUGUUCAUUAAAGACUUAGGGUUAUCAUAUUUAGUUGAAAUUCCACAUGUGUAAUGAUACAUGUAUCUAUGGGUUAUGUCUGAAUUUGCAGCACCGAA